UCUGCUAUUUGCUUUGACAUUAUUAAGUCACUAACCUUUGAACACAUCUUUGUUGGAAAGCAUAUGUGUAGCAGCACUCAAGGGAAUAAAGGUUACACUCAAGGUCUAAUACACAGAUCUAGUUUGCUGUUUUAUAAUCUUUGGAAUACCAGCCUAAAAUGAUGUUAGCAUAUGAAAAGAAUUAACAUCUCUGAGCCUGCCAUGAUGUAACUUUGUGAAAUACAGGAAGUGAAAUAUCUGACUUUGGGAUACACAGCUAGGUAGGUGUCAUGGAGAAUUCUGAGAGGUUUAAGUACUGAUUCGUACAAAUUCUCCUGAAGGGUGUGGUUACCACUAACAGAAUGGGUCCAAAACAUACACUGCUGACGUGGCUGUUUCGAAGCAUUGUUCUUUCUUUUUAAGUUUUGUUCAUCUGUUCGCACACAUCUCUGUUACUGAAGAUAUUAAACAGUAAAUGUGAGUUAGAAACUGGAUUUUUUCUUCAUGGGACUAUAUACAAAAGGAACUGCUCAGCAAAUUACCUUUAGGAAACACUCCUUUUAAUCAGUACAGCUGCUGGUUGCUUCUCAUAUCUUCAGACUCAAGUUCAUUUACAUAACUAUGCAGCACUGCUUGGUGAAUUUUACUGCACUAGCCACUACGCACAACUUUUUAAAGCUAAGGGCAACUAUGACGAAGGAUUUGGUCGUAAGCAACACAAAACACUGUGGCUUCUGAAGACUACUGUUUCACAAAGUGAAAAUGAAAUCAGCAAUAUGGCUGCUAAUGAAAAAGAAAACACCAGGCAGAGACAAACUGCAGCGCCAGUCAAUGUUCCUGACACCAGUUCACAGCCUGAAAACAUGAAAACUAGCCCUGUAGGAAUACAUAACUAUGAUGAAGAUUUAAGCAAAUCUGUGUCAAGAAGCAAGCUUAGAGUUAGCUGGCCUCCUCCUAAAAUCUCACACGAGAAUGUAAGUAACCUUCCUACUGGCACUGAAAUAACACAAGUCAAAUCAGGUCAGCGCAGCCCUAUAUCACCUGUGGAAACAAACAGGAUAGGUUUACUGGAUGUAAACGCUGCAACUAGUAGCUCACAAAAACAUAAAUUCACAUCUGAACAUUAUAAAAUGGAAAGUAGUUCUGAUGCUUUUGCUGACAGUCAAGUUCAAAGUAUAGGCAGUAAUAGUGAUAGUUGGCUAAAAGCAGGGGGAAAAGCAGAUCUAAAUAUAGGAGCACAGGAACUGAAACUCUCUUUUGCAGGUCAUUCUAAAGCUGAUGAGCCAAAACAACCUAGUAUAUCAGAAAGGAUUGCAAUGUUCCAAGAUAUCAGUUCAUCAAAGAGUACAUUGCAACAUAAUACCAAAGCAACUAGUCCAGCAUCAGCGAGAUUGCCAUCUGUGAAUACAUCAAUGCCUAUGCCACAUAAUGUGCCAUCAUCUUCUUCUUCAGAAGCAUUUGAUGAUCCUGCAAUGCAUCCCAUCCCCUGUAGCAUUACUGCUAAUAGUAACAAUUCACAUGAUACUCAGGGUAUGAAAAGUACUGAUCAGAGAGAAAUGGGCACCAUAACAGAUAGUCUAGGUGACAAUGAAAGCAAAGAAGGAGAAGCAGCAGCUAGCCAUGAAGAUAAUAUUUCAGAUCGUAACAUUAGCAACGAUAGUGAAGAAAACGUAAACAACGAAUCUAACGCUGAGCAGGGUAACGCAGAUGAAGAAAACACAGCAGUGGCACUGCCUGAGGUUUUUGGUUUGUUUGAUUGUUUUGAUGACACUGUUGAUGCUGACCCAAGAUCUCAUUAUCAAAAUUAUGAUGCCCCUUGUGAUAAUAUGCGUAAUUACCCACAUGUAGAUGUAAUCAAUCAAAACAACUAUAACACUAUGAAAUCUGAGACAUUUUCUCAAGUGCCGGAUACAAAGAAACCACUCUAUAUAAGAACACAGACAGAGGAAGAAACGUAUCGUUAUGAUAGUGGUGAUGAACAGACCCCCAGAUCAGAGCCUCAAGAGCCAGUUUCAGUAACAUUUAGCAAUAUGCUAGAAGGCAGUUCAGAUGCAGAAUUUAUUAUUUCAGGAUUUCAUGAUGAAAGUAGUGACACAGCUGUAAAUAAUCAGAAUGACCCUACAGUAAAUGAACCACAACAUGGAAACAUUGCUGGUGGAAUACUGGACUCUACAGAAGUAGUGCCUUCUGAUACAAUGGAUUUAAGUCAUAAAAACACAAUGGCAGGAGAAAAUAGUGAAGUUAGUGUUAACACAGUAAAUAUAUGCAGGUCUUCCAUGUCAGAUGUACCGGAAGAGUCGGAUAGUCAAACGCAUGCAUCUGACAUGCUCAGUAAGUCAGACAACCAUGAAUUUGAUAAUAACAGUUCCUUAAAAAAUGCAUCUAAUCUGAAAAACACUGUUUUAGAACCAGACAAUGGACACUGUUCAAAAACACAAAGUCAUGAUGGUGGAGUAACAAUGCAACCACAACAUGAAAACAGUACCUCUGUUACAUGUGAGAAAGACAGUGUUUCACUGAGCCAAGAAAUGCCACUGAAAAAUAUUUUGCCAAAUGUACAAAACCAGGGCAAUGGCUUGUCAGGAUCUGAUUGCGCUGUCAGAAGUAAAUCACUGAACCACCAAGGAGUUUUAGCAGAUGAAACUAAACAGGAACAGGCUAGGACUAAACAGGAAUCAUCAGACAAAGAUGAGUUUUGUAAAGAAGAACAAAAGGGCAUGCCAGCUUCAGAAAUAAAAAUGUCUGAACUGCUCGACCCUGAAUGUGAUGCUGCUCAGAAACAAAGCAAUGAAAAUGACUUGCAAGGAAAAAUCCAUACAGAUGGACAAAAUAAUGAACUAUCUGAAGAUUCUUCUAUAUCAAAAAACGAAACUCAAAUUUCUGGUGUUCCUGAAAACAUUGCUCAAACAAAGGAGAAUAAAAAAAGCCAUGCAAGGAAAGAAUCUUUGACUAAGUCUCCAGGACUUGGGAGAAAUGCUUUAUCUAAACUAUUUACAGCAGGAAGUAAAGAUGCAACUCCCCCAAAGGAACAAUCUGAAAAGAAGAAACCAUCACCUUCAAAAUCAUCAUCUGCUUUUGGUAAGUUGUUCCGAUCAUCAUCAGAAAAAGGAAAGGAAGAAAUGAAACAGUCUGAAAAUCUAGCAAAAGCUAAUAAACAAAGGGAUAUCAUGCAACCAGAAGAAGCAGAGGAUGACAGUUUGUGUAAGGUAAAUCCACUUUCAGAAAUGCCAGCUCCAAUCCCUGUUAACAGCGAAGCCCAUGUGUAUGGAAAUGGCAAACAUACUGUUCAAGAAGCUAUGGAAGUGCAAGGUCCUCAGCAAAACAAUCAACUUUCCACCAACUCAGACCUGCUGGAAGACAUAAAAUCACAAAAUGUAGAAGCAGCAAACAAGAUUUUAGAUCCUAGCAAACCUUUGACAAUACAUACUGAUAACACUGAGGAGUGUAGUAAAAUCAACUCUCAUAAUCGUAUUUCUGACUCUCACAAUCAGAUCCAGAUGUCUUCAGAUACUUUAAAUCAAGAACAGAACAUUUCACAGCCAGUUGAUAAUAUGCUUGUUAUUUCUAAGGAAAAUUCUCAGUCAGCAUUCAACACUUCAGACCAUGUGUCAGUGUCACUUGUGUAUUUCAAUGCUGCCAGUAUCAGUAGUGGAAAUGGUAAUGAAUUGACCCACCAAAGUCUUAGCCUGGGUACAACUGCAAAAUCUGAUAUUUCAAAUGAACUCUUUUCAGAUUUCUCUGAUCACUGUAAACAACAGGACACUCUUGUGCAAUCAGUUGACAAUGCAUCUCAUAUUCUUGCUGGAAGUGUUCAAGAAACAGUCAGUUUUACAGAACAAAUAGCAAUUCCCAGUUUUACUGAUGAUCCAUUUGGCCUUCUAAGUACAACUCCACUUAAUCAAACACCAGCAAAAGAUAGUGAAACUAUUCAGUUUGCAAUACUGCCAGGUGAAAACAUGACCAAAAUGUCUUCAGAUGAUAUCUUUGAUAUUUUACAUGUUGAUGUCCCAGCUGACUCUCAGGUGCAAACUAAUGCAUGGCAUAGUCAUGACAUCACUAAACAGCAAUUCUCUACAGGAUUUAUAUCAUCUUCCUCUUCUGACGAUCCGUUUGGAAAUGAUAAUCUCUUCUUUGAUGUAGCAGGGUCAGAAAUGAAGCAGAGCAGUUUCCCUUCUAGUUCAGUUAACAAUGACUUUUUUGACAGUUUCUUUGACCCGUCCAUGAUAGCUCCAACUAGUCAACAUGCACAGCUCCUCCAGUCUGACCCUUUUGUUAUGGACGCUGGCACAACAGUGUCCAUAUCUGUCCCUGAACACAAUGUACGAAGCCAGGCUAAUGAGCUGGAUGACCUCUUCAACCCACUAAGUGCAAACUCUAGCAACACGAUUGGCAAUGCCGAGUCUAAUACCGACUUGCUAUCUGAUUUUCUAAGUUAACCAGCCUAUUUCAGUUCCAUGUAAGUCCUAAAUCAACAUGCAGGAGGAUCAGUGUUUCAAAUCAUACAUAAAAAUCGAUAUGGAUAUGCUGAUAACUGUUAGUUGACUAUGUCUCUAACACUCACGAUUCCUAUUUUUAUAGUUCACAAAACAAAUACCAGAGCAGGGGUAUGUGUUUUCUACAAUUGUUUGUAAUUAAUCCUGGUGUGGCAGAUCUGCGGCUGAUAAAUUUCCAGAAUUGUGUUUUUAUCACAGUUUAUUGCAUUUCUUAUGUGACUGACAUGCAGCAUUAAAUCAGUCUAUCACUGAGGCUAACCCCUUCUCACUGUUCUUUAUAAUACAGCCUACAUUCAUUCUGUAAUUUUGAGAUGCUUGGGAAUAAAAAGCUGCUAACUGUUUCAAUGUCUCAAUAAAUACACAACGUCAAAAAGCAA